AAUGGCAAGGCCGGGGGCUCGCAUAAGAAAGAGUGAAAGAGGAUGAGGAAUAGAAUGGUCAACCCAGCGAUGAAGCCUCCCUUCUUCCUCCUCUUCCUCCUUUGCUCCUCCCACCUCGUCUCCUCCCAGCGCUACAAUGCCCUGUUCAACUUUGGCGAUUCCCUCUCCGACACCGGCAACGUCGUCCUCGGCGGUCUCCCCUACGGCAUGACCUACUUCGGCCACCACACCGGACGAUGCUCCGACGGCCGUCUCGUCAUUGAUUUCAUCGCUGAGGGAAUCGGUCUGCCGCACCUCCCGCCCAAUACCGCCAAGAACGCGAAUUUUAACAAGGGCGCAAACUUCGCCUUCAUCGCCGCACCGGCGCUUCCCUUCGACUUCUACCACGAGCGCGGCCUCAGCAAGGGGCUCUGGGUGAAUGCUUCGGUUCACGAGCAGGUGGAUCGGUUCGAGAAGUUGCUUCCUUCCAUAUGCGGCUCGCCCCAAGAUUGCAAGGAUUUCUUGAGCAAAUCCCUUGUGGUGGUCGGUGAGUUCGGGGGGAACGACUACAGCACCGGGAUCUUCGGCGGGUGGCCGUUGACUAAAGUGAGCUCCUUCGCGCCCCACGUCGCCCGAGCUGUGGCAGAGGGCAUCGAGAGAUUGAUCGGCCUAGGCGCGGUCGAUCUCAUCGUUCCUUCUGUGUUACCGACGGGAUGCUUGCCUCUCUACCUCACUCUCUACAGCGCCAAAGACGCGGCCGAGUACGGCUCCCGGAGCGGCUGCCUGAGGAGGCUCAACACCUUAUCCUGGUACCACAACGCGGGGCUCCGGCGGCAGAUCGAUCGGCUCCAGAAGAAGUAUCCUUCCGUCGCGAUCCGAUACGCUGACAUGUACGCCCAGAUCUUCGACUUCGCCAUAGAUCCUCUCAAAUACGGAUUUAAAGCUGGAGCCCUGAGGACAUGUUGUGGAGCUCCAGGGAUGCAUAGCUACAACUUCAAUCUGCAUGCCAAAUGCGACCAAAAUGGUUCGACGGUGUGCUCAGACAUAUCGGCCCAUGUGAGCUGGGAUGGUCUUCACAUGACUGAGGCCGCCCAUCGGAUCAUUGCCCAGGGCUGGCUCAAUGGCCCCUACGUCAAUCCUCCCAUUUUGAGCUCCUCCUCCAGCUAAACCACAAGCCAAAUCUAUCAAAAUGAAUACAAAUCUAAAGAGAUUAUUGUGCUAAUUAAAGCUUAUAUAUAGUUGUAUAAUUCAUGGCCACAGCUUGCUUUCAGAAAUGUUGCCAAUUUUUAGUUGAUUGCUUCCUCUCAA